GCUUGUCAAGACAAUCUGACUCGCUUCAUCGUUUCUUUGCAGUAUCACCAACCAUCACCCCAGUCUUCAACCUGAUUUCUGCAAGCAAGCCUACUACAUUUCCUUUGUCACGAGCGCUUUUCUACCUCAGAUAGUCAAUCUAGCCGCACACCACGUCGAGAUGUGGCAGUAUGCGUGGUAUCAGGCCGUACAGCGUGAGCGCAGAGAAAUGAGCCACAAACCCACACACACUUUCAAUCCGGUGACAACAUAAUCUUUCAUAAUCGAUAGUAGGCUUCUUUAUGCUUUCAAACACAUUAAAGAACGAGCCGACGUCUCAGUUGGAGCCUUCCGUGUCCUGAACCGUGGGUGCCUUUCUUUUUCACACUACGGCACUCCUGUGAUUACCCGCUGCCUGCGCCGACGGGGCAGCGGCGAGUUCCGUGUCCACAGUUCCAGAGGGUCUGCGUACGGUCGUCGCGGAGGUGAGAUUAAAAACCUGGGAUCAUCCGUGGUUCCUCUUCGCACCGCUCCAGGACCAAGUCUUUUACUGAUGUGUUUCUGUCGAAAUCGAGGUCCAAUUUCCUCUUGAAAAUUCGGUCCGGGGACCUCCGGGACGGCUUAUUCCGUUUCGCAGACGCUGCCGCGAAGAAAGUGCAUGAGAUUCAGGGAACCACAGUAUCCCCUUCGUUUUGAAAUGCUCAAAAGACGAGUUAAAAUUCCUAGAAUUUGCCGUUGGAAAAGGAUCGAAACAUGUACCUGGAUGUGAAAUUGUGGUUUACUGAAGUUUAGGAACAAUUCCUAAUUUAGCCUUCCGCCACGCUUGUGUCGUGUUGCUGACACAGUUGGGGGUUUGGUCUCUCCCUCGCAACGAAAUCCUGUCUUGCCUUUUUUUCUUGCGAUUUCUCGUGUCAGUUGCUGGUUAUCUUCCGAGAAACUACCUCACUCGUGUCUUGGACAGUGGAGUUCUCGAACCUACCUCGCAAGGAGGUUUUCUUUUUCAAAAAUCUCAGCUUCGGCCCCGGUGACGGGGAAGUGUUUUGGACGUAUUCCCGGUUUAUUCUGCUGAAGAGGAUCUCACACCAGAUUUCAUAUGAGCGCCCUGUGCCAAGAUUUCUAGUGUCACACGUAGUCACACCAGGGCCUUACAGCGGACGCUUUUUUUGUCCCUAAGCGUCGGUGAGGUACGGGUAACACCACUGCGGUGCGGCUGGAUAACUUGCUUCAUUGUAGACGAUCUGUCCAUUCUUGUGACCGUACGGCAAUUUUCGUAUCAGUAAACAUAAAGAGUUUACAAUGGCGACAGACAGCAGUAGCGGCCUCUCCUUACCGCCAAAGAAUGCCGAACUGCGGGAGAAAGAGGAUGCUGCACUCCAAGGAGAUGAUCUCCGACUCAUCGUGGCGCUCGCCGACAGAAAUCCAGUUGAAAUUGAGGUAAAGAGCAGUACCGAGGUUGGAUACGUGAAGCUAUUACUGGCAGACCGCCUUGGCAUCGAAGCGCGGCGUCUGCGCCUGUUCUACCACAACGACAGCAAAGAAGUGACUCUGAUUGAUCCGAUGAGCUUGUGCGACUUCAAAGGCAUUCGGCCACCUAGCGCCGAGAUCCAAGCCCAGAUAUUGUGAACUUCGUCUGAGAAACUGCUUUCUAAAUGUCCACUGCAGUGCCACGGCAGAAGAAAGGCGAGCGACAUACUAUUUCAGCGUACAUUUGAGAGCUUUGUAGGCAGUGUGGUAGCGCUGGCGGCACAGUCAUCCCACGACUGUGCAAGCGGUGAUAGUGAGUCGUUACCUGUGGUUUUUACACUCGAGGUACAUGUUCAGAUAUCCGACGGACGCAGGCAAGAGCUGCAGAGUGAUUGUACUGCGACAUCCGGGAAUGCGUGCACCUUCGUGACGAUGACUGGCAUCGUGACUGUAGGAAUCGUUUCGUUUUUUCGAAGCAUAUCUCUCGUAUUUUUCAAUGGCUGGACGUACGGCAACGUAGUCUCCGACCGAGUUUCAGGUCGGCUGCUCUAGAGCGGCACUGACUCUUCACAGUAUGAAUAGUGUUCGUUUCGGGUACUCAACUCUUUUCGAGGUGAUAAGCUGAAUGCUUCGAGUUCUGUUAUGGAUGUCAUCCAGAAGGAUUAGUCGUUUUCAAACAUUCCAGGAUGUCAGCAGUCGCAGGGCUUGCCAGGAUCGGAGCAUGCAUGCACUUCCAGAUUUGUGAUAAUCCGGCCCGGUAAAUUCAUAUAUCCCACCAUACGGAACGUACUCUUUUGUUUUUCUCUACCACCUUCAGCUACAGUUAAUAUAUAUCCAUCUGCUUGAAAUAUUGAAUGGAGAGUCAGUUAAAGGCUUUGAUAAAAUCAUACCACGUUUUACUUCCGUUUUUUGUGUUCAAUUGGUUAUAUUUCUACAACAGUGGUCAUCUUAACUAUGCUCUGCUAACAAUAGAACUCACAAGGAGAGUGAACAAGAGCGGGCCGCGCUAUCAAUACCUUUUUAUAGCAGAAUUGGGUGGGUUGUAUAUCUCUUAUUUCCUCCUACUGAAAGCUGUCCGUGGAAGGGAACUACGAGAGGCAAAAUAUGGAACGGGCAAGAAUAGUAACCUGGGGAGUUCUCUUGCGUAACCCCGUGGACAAUCUAGAAGCUUGUUACUUCCAUCAAGUGAUUUAUCGCGUUUCAUUGACAUCUGUGCAGGCGAAUGAGUGCCUACGGUAGUCACUGUGAUGGCGCCCCUGCGCUUGAAUGCGGCAGUGUGUGCGUGUUUGCGAGCGUAGGCAAGUCGAUCGCAUCAAUCGAUGGAGUAGCCGUUCUACGGAUAUAUUGUGAGGAGCAACAACGUGUAGGUGCGAAAUUUGCGAGGGAUAUCUAGGGAGAAACCGAGUGCGUGCAUUUUCACUACCGCACAGAGCCACUAGGCCAGCACCGUCAGCCACCCUAUAUUACAAACGGUAAUGCACGGUUGUAAGAAUGGUAAGGAAGGAGACGCUCAGCGAAAGACCUUUUCUCCCUCAAGUGUGACGCAAAUUCCGACAACACAAGUGGGGUCCACACUAUAACAGUGGCAGCACUUCAGCCUUGGGCACGUGAAUCUAUGAAAGGCUGCGAUUUUCACGAAUGCUGUAUGAAUAUUAUGAGCAGAAUCGCGUCAAAGACUACAUUGAGAUGUUUGCCAAAGAAAGGUUCCGCGUUUUUAUUAUGAAACGGUGUCACGCAUCCAAAUGCCCCACCAGCUAGACGCAAUAUCUGUCACAAAACUUUAGUGCGGUUUUUGAUUUGUCAAGGGCUGACCCCUUUCCAGCCUCUGAUGAAGUUUGUGUUCUCAAGGGUUGUAUACAGACGCGAGCGACCUUGAAAGGGAGACUGAAACAAGAGGGAUAGGGCUGAAAUUCCGGCAGUAGGAAGCUACUUAUACGCCACAGUAGAAGUCAUUUCGCACUCUCGCCAUAUAAUUCUCUUAUAACAUCUGUUCCGUACGCAUCGAACUCCAGCGUGAAUUCGACAGUCUUGCACAUGGUUAAUACCUUACAUUACAG